AAAAGUAGGAGACCUCUGAACUGAGAUAAAGUGUACUAGAAAGGUUUAUAUGACACCUAAAGCAAGGCCUGCAUGGGCCAGAGCUCAGAUAAAGUGUUUUUUAUGACAGCUGCACAUCAUAACUGUUUGAACCGAACACUGAGUUCACUGACUUUCAUUUCUGUGGACAUGACGUCUUCCAUGCAACGGAAAAUUAACUUUCUCACACACAACCACAGCUUCAAAGUAUAGGUGCAUGUGUGUGAGYGUGUCUGUGUAACUUCAGGAAAACAUACACAAUGGAUAAAUAACUUAAAAGUAAAACUAUCUGCAUGCUUGUGUUUAACAAACAUUUUUAUUGCUUUACGACCACUUCCAUCGUGUUUAAAAUGUGUGGAAUUAACGGAGGUGGGGAAAAUUUUUCACGGACGUGACCAAAAGGUGGCAGUGUUGGGUUUUAUACUGGUGCGCUGAGACACGACUAACUCCUCAAACCUCGUCUUAAUUUUAAUUUUAUUUUAUUUUAUUUCAUUUUUAUUUUUCACAUUUUGAUCCUUUGUGACAUAUUCUCAGGGAUAUAGAUGCCACAUUUGUUUAACAUCAACUUAAAGUAAGCAAUGAUGUAGAAGGAAAACUGCUUUAUAAAUUAAUAAAGUCAUCAAUAACUUUUCGGGGAAUACAAAUUAUAUUUGUUGCUAAAAAUGAUUAAAAUGAUCAUAAACAAUAAUCAUUGUCUAUCUACCUAUAUAUUUUAAAUAUUUUCAAAGUUUAACAGUAAAUCAAGCGCACUUUGCCUAUUUAUUUAUGACAAAACGCAUCAUGUUAUAACUAAAAUAAAAACGGGUUUCUUUUAAAAACAAGUGUAGAAAUUCAGAGCACUGAGGCAACAGAACCUGUUUCCCAGCUGACAGUCAGCUGCUGGCUUCUGACAGUUGUGAAAAGUUUCUGUUCAGCUUCUGAUAUGUUAAUUAGCUCUCCGAGUGUGCGACCCCAUUGGCUCUUUGUCCGAGUCAAUUUCCCUUUUCCAUCCUGACGUCAGGGCGGCUACAAUGCUUUUAAACUCAUCUGCUCUGUGAUCCCACUAAACAGUCGUCCCACACGUCAGCGGCAUCACUCAGGCUGCGUUCACUCCUAAAAAAACUCCUGUUUGACUUUUUUUUCUCCUUCCUUCUUUCCCUCUCUCCGCUGCGCGUAAUGUGCUCCUGCAUGAAGAAGCCGUAAAGUGUUAAAUGUUUGAAACACAAACCCGCCGUGUUUCACAUGCUGAAAAGGGACUCCGCUCCUCGUGCGCGCGGCACUGCUGCGUCUGUGCAAUAGACUCUGCAAAGACAAACUCCUCUCACACGCCWGCAAGUCCGCGGCUGCGAAAAGGGACGCUGAAAAGCUCCGUUUUCAGUUUCAAGACAAACGCUUUAAAAAAACGAAAAUCAAACUGGCUCACGUUCUUCCCAGCCAGACCAGUUUCACAGCUGCUCUUCACCCCAGUUGGAGGACUGUCAGCAGCAAGAGGAUGGCAUCAGAGCUGGCAAUGAGCAACUCCGACCUGCCCACCAGUCCCCUGGCCAUGGAAUAUGUUAAUGACUUCGAUCUGAUGAAGUUUGAAGUGAAAAAGGAGCCGGUGGAGCCCGAUCGCAACAUCAGCCAGUGCAGUCGCCUUAUCGCCGGGGGAUCCUUGUCUUCCACCCCGAUGAGCACGCCUUGCAGCUCGGUGCCCCCUUCCCCGAGCUUCUCGGCGCCCAGUCCGGGCUCGGGGAGCGAGCAGAARACACACAUAGAGGAUUUCUACUGGAUGUCCGGUUACCAACAGCAGCUGAAUCCAGAGGCGCUGGGCUUCAGCCCCGAGGACGCAGUGGAAGCUCUGAUCAACAGCAGUCACCAGCUCCAGUCCUUCGAUGGCUACGCCAGAGGCCAGCAGUUCGCUGGCGCAGCCGGAGCAGGAGGCGCCAUGGCCGGGGAAGAGAUGGGCUCCGCCGCGGCGGUGGUGUCAGCCGUCAUCGCCGCGGCGGCCGCUCAGAACGGAGCGCAGCACCACCACCACCAUCACCACCACCACAGCAGCAGCCACCACCAGGCGCCGGGCGUCCAGUCCAACGGCUCUUCUGGGACGGGCCACCCCCACAUGCGCCUGGAGGAGCGCUUCUCGGACGAGCAGCUGGUCACCAUGUCGGUGCGGGAGCUGAAYCGGCAGCUGCGGGGGGUCAGCAAAGAAGAAGUGAUCAGAYUGAAGCAGAAGAGGAGGACCCUAAAGAACAGAGGCUACGCUCAGUCCUGCCGGUUCAAGCGGGUCCAGCAGCGGCACGUCCUGGAGGGAGAGAAGACGCAGCUCAUGCAGCAGGUCGAGCACCUAAAGCAGGAGAUCUCCAGGCUGGUCCGGGAGAGGGACGCGUACAAAGAAAAGUAUGAGAAGCUCAUCAGCAACGGCUUCAGAGAAAACGGUUCCAGCAGUGACAACAACCCGUCAUCCCCGGAGUUUUUCAUGUCAUCGAGAAAAUUUCUCCAUCUGUGAUUUCACGCCCCCCUCCCCCCUCCUUCCCUGCAUUUGGAUCCUUGAGAUACCCUAACAACUGAGCAGUGAUGACAUCUGAGCGGCUGACCAAUCGCACCUACAAAGCACAACAAUCAUAAUGAAGACAAGACCUGCAAAAAUCCCUCAAAAUCCUACAACAGAAUUCAUCAUAAUCUCUUCCUGCUCCUGUCCUUUUUUCUUGGUAUUUUACUUGCAGCUUUUUUUCUACAAAAUAUGAAAAAAAGAGGAAAAAAAAGCAACAACAACAGAGACUCAUAAUCAUGAGAUGAUUUACAACACCAGAUAACUACUUUGGAAUAACUAUUUUCUUUUCAGUGGGGAAGAUCAAUAAUGCAUGUUACUGUAAAUAGAUCCUAAUAAAGCCCUGUUCUUAUUCCUGAAACAGGAAUCAUACCAAGUUGCUGUCAGCAAAUUCAUAACCUUCAUUACUGUGAAUAGAGUACUCAUGGUUUGAUUUUUCAUGUAAAAAAAAAAAAAUCUGAGUUCUUCUUAUAUCUCAAAGGCCCGCGAAAAGUUCAUUUCAGAUAUAAUUUCUGUUGUCUUUGGUGUUGUUUGAGCUGUAAAAAUGUACUUCUUAUUCUCUUUCUGUAACAGCUUAGUCUUCCUCUCCAAUAAUCAUAUUACAUGUAUAUAGAGAUGAGUGAGAAUAACAGCAUGGACAAGACUAUAGUUUAUAUUUACCAGCCUGUUAGACCACAAAUCUCAUUGAGUUAGCAUUUUGAAACUCUGGCAUUCAGUAGCUAAAUACAUACAGUAUCUCCAGGUAUUUUUUUUCAGUGUGUAUGAAUAGAUAUGCAAAAUCAUUAGAGAUAAAUAUUGUCUUAUAAGGCAGAAACUCAUUUGGUUUCAUCACUUUUUUUGUUUACUUUUGCUGGGGAAAGCUGGAUCAUCAUUAACCUGACUUAACACUGUUGGCUGUUGUACUUUUUUAUGUUUUCAUUAUGAUUUAUUGUAAUUUGUAAUGUUUAUCUACAACUGCUUAUUAGAGGUAUUCCCCCCUGCAAUAACUGCCCUCUAAAUACCCGUGUAUUGCCUGUUGUAGCAAAGCUGCUGUCAGUCAGAAUGGGACACCUUUUUUUAUUUCUCUUUGCAUGGUUUCAAACCGUGCUUUAUUCCUGAGCCUACACAUGGGCAAAAAAAAGGUGGAAUUCCUCACUGACUGCAAUGUGGACAUGAGGACUCUGACCUUCGUCUUCCAUGAACUAUGAAGAUAAGCAUAUGCACUGACAGAUAACAUGCCCAGCCAAUGAAACGGAUGACCUCAAAGAUUAGUCUUUCACUGUUGAAGACAGAAAACAUUUGCAUGGACAACAAGGGAAAGCAAAACUAGCUUGUUGAACAACUACUCUCCGCCAUUGUGCAUCCUCUACCUCUCAAUGUGUGCUGUGCAUCGAGGAGCUGAUGUCUUAUCAGUGACUCCCUUUUUUAUGCCCACAGUUCACUUUUCUGCUGCAUGUCCCCUCAGAGCCUCACGUGGGAAGUUCAGCACUGAAUGCUACAUAGCGAUGGGGAAACCAACGAUUUACUUUGAAGCAAAUGUACACAUUGCUUGUUGCUGUAUAUAUGUAUACUAUGACCAGUAUAUGUAGUUUCAGAUGGUGUACUCUGCAUGUUAACUUGUAGAUGGAACACGACAACUAUUCAUAGACAAGGACAAGCAGGUAUCCAUUCAGUUGAACUGAUAAACYAGUGUAAGUUUAA